AUGAACUUUUAUAUCAAGCUUCAGAAUGCAUUACUCACAGCGACAGCUACUGUUGUCCGUGACAGCCUGAACUGCUACGAGCCAGGAACGAGAGUCUACAGAAGAGACAUUGAACGUGCUAAGUUGGAAGUACAGAAUCAGUACGAAAGUGCGCUGAAAGCUAUUCGUGAAAGAAGAGCUGAAUUGGCUGCCGCAAAGCUGCUGAUAAAAGAAACUAUGCUUGAAAUCUAG